AAGGUCAGUAUGCGUAGUUGCGCUGGAUUUGAUGUAUUAGUCUAAUUUAUCCUCUUCCAUUCUAUCUAGUCUUCCGUACCCGAAAGGAUCGCCAACUACUAAAAAUGCGACGUCUUCUUUAUCCGCAUCGCGAAGGAUCUCUUCACUGUUUGAUUCGACCAUCUCACGGUCCGCAACUACAAUGGACCGGCCAUAGUAAUUCUCCUACAAGACAGACUGAUCUACUAGGAGGAUGCUAGUAUACGCCUCGAGGUAGACACGCGAUGCCUUUUUGACGACUUCGAGACCCUUGACUGUAAUGUCCGUCUCGUCGGAGAGACCUAGGCCUACGAGGUAGAGCAUUAUGGUGUCAGAUUGAGAUAGCUUUAGGUCUUUAUACGAAGUACCUAGGUAGUUUGUUCUUAGGAAGAAGACUUGAUACACAACAUCUCAUACUAAUAUGAAAUCUGCGAUCAAGUUAGUGGGGGAGGAAGUUUUACUUAAGAUGCUUACUGGCAUAAAUGGAGGGGUAAUCUUUUAAGCGUAUUUAUUCUCCAGGGGCCUCAUGGAAGUCCUUUGCACCUUCCAUGUGAAUGAGACACCAUGGGUGGAUACCCGGAUAGAUACCCACUAAUUUGAAAGCUCUACUUGCCUUAUCCCUGUCUUAUCGACUUAUCAACUAGGUUGUUCAACUAUUCAAAUGCUAGAUUACAUUAUCGCGUCAGUCCCAAUUUCAAGUCUUGCACCUACAACGUCAACUACACCAUUCAGCAUCCAAGCAUUGCCUUCUCGUCAAUAUUUAAACAUACUUAUUUCUUCACAUUACCCUCCCUUUAAAAACAAGCCAAACAAGCGCCUCCAAAGUACCGUUGAAAUGGCUGACAAGAAGGGCUCGGCGUACGGCACGCCGGCCGACGACACGUCGUUCCGGCGGAGCUACAACCUAGACGAGUACGCGCAGAAAGCGAAAGAGCGCGAGGCGACGGAGAGGGAGGAGGCGAAGGCACGGUACGAGGCGAAGCUGGCGGGGAAAAAAUACUACAAGCCCUUGACGGGCGACGAGACGCUGACGCGGGCGCGGCGCGACGUGAUCGACCUCGAGGCCAACGUGGGCAAGACGAUGCUGGUGCCGGCGGGCGCGGGCCAGGGGAAGAGGGGGCGCGGCGCCGGGUUCUACUGCAGCGCGUGCGACCUCACGUUCAAGGACAACAUGCAGUGGGUCGAGCACGUCAACAGCAUGCAGCACCUGCGGAACAUCGGGGAGACGGGCGAGGUGAAGAAGGCGAGCGCGGCGGAGGUGCACCAGCGGAUCACGGAGGUGUGGGAGCGGCUGCAGGAGCAGAAGAAGGCCAGCACAACGACGCUGAAGGAGCGGCUGCAACUGCGCGAGGAAGAAGAGGCUAAGGAGAGGGAGGCGAGAAGGGCGAAGAGGCAGGAGGAGCUGGCGAAGAAGAAGGCGGAGAAGGAGACGCAGGAGAAGAUCAAGACUGAGUACGGCGACGACGUGCGGGUCGAAGGAGAGCACGACGAAGACGAUAUGAUGGCCGCGAUGGGGAUUACUGGGUUUGGGACGUCGAAAAAGAAGUAGUUCGAGGGCUAAUAUUAACUAGGGGUAUUUUAUGGGAUGAUACCUUGGGUAUUCAUAUGAAAAUAUAAGCGGACAAGGGGGCGUCAAGGAUGCAUUGGAUUCGGCGUUUGGUUUGACUUACAGUAUGAUGAGUAUCAUGGUUUGGUUGGUACGAUCAUAUGAGGUAGAGGUUAAGUUUGGAAUACCCUAUUUAUGCUGGAAAAUAAAAACAUUAUUUAUAAGGUGGUUUUGAAGCUCUUACUACGUAAUCCAAUUUUUUUUUAUUUUUCUUUUCUCUCUUUCUUUUAAAGUGAUGGUAGAACUGUCGACUUAUAUUGCUACCUCUAGGUACCUAUGUAGAUACAUAGAAAUGGGUAGGGAGUUGCCUAUCA